UUAUACUCGAAAUUUUAACUCUUAAAUUAAACUACGGCAGGAGUGGGAGACUAAAUCUCUCGAAGACUACCUCAAAGACAAUGCAAUUCAAAUCAUUGAUGCUUUUGAUGGCUCUGUUGGUGGCACUCAUGUUGGCUCAGGUAUCCCAUGUGAGCGCCGGCUAUCUAUACGGAGGAUAUGGAGGUUAUGGUAGAUAUGGUGGUUAUGGCGGAUAUGGAGGUUACGGCGGUUAUGGCCGUGGAUACGGGGUAAGUAAAGUACCCAUAGACUGGUCUCAAACCCCUGAACACAAUGUCAAACAUGAUAUGACUGUUCGCUACAACACUGGCCAACACUAUCACAACCGAUGGGGACAACACUGU